AUGGGCCUAAACGAGGAAUUCGACGACCGACAUAUUCAAACCGAAGCCGAGCAACAACCAUACAUACCUUAUGAGUAUCAGACUGAAAACAAUGACUCGUGGGCUGGUGCCUUGCCGGUGAAGCAGGGUCUCUAUGACCCUUCUUAUGAGAAGGAUGCUUGCGGUGUCGGCUUUGCUUGCCACAUCAAGGGCAAGCCUAGCCACAAGAUUGUUAGUGAUGCCCGUAACCUUCUCUGCAACAUGACCCACCGUGGUGCCGUGGGAUCUGAUGCACGAGAUGGUGAUGGUGCUGGUGUUAUGACAUCCAUCCCCCACCGGUUCUUCAUCAAGAACUUUGAGAAGGAGGAGGACAUUAAGCUGCCUCCCCUGGGCCAGUACGCCGUGGGAAACCUGUUUUUUAAGCCCGACGAGGAGACUCUCCAAGAGUCCAAGAGGCAGCUGGAAGAUGUUGCCGAGUCGCUGGGCCUCCGAGUCCUAGGAUGGCGAAGGCCUCCUGUCGACUCGACUCUUCUAGGACCUGCUGCCAAAUCGCGUGAGCCCAUCAUCGCUCAGCCUUUUGUUGUUCUGGCCUCUGCCUACGGUACUGGAAAUGCUCCUGAGAUGACCGACCCUGAGAAGUUUGACGAACGCUUGUUUGAGAGACAGCUGUACAUCCUUCGAAAGCGCGCCACUCAGAGCAUUGGUCUUCACAACUGGUUCUAUCUCUGCUCCCUUUCAAACAAGAACAUUGUUUACAAGGGUCAGCUCGCUCCUGUCCAGGUUUACUCUUACUACCAUGAUCUUGUCAACGCUGAUUACGAGGCUCAUUUUGCUCUGGUGCACUCUCGUUUCUCUACAAACACAUUCCCCUCAUGGGACCGUGCUCAGCCUCUCCGAUGGGCUGCCCACAACGGUGAAAUCAACACUCUACGAGGAAACAAGAACUGGAUGCGCGCCCGUGAGGGUGUCAUGCAGUCUGAUAUCUUCAAGGAGGAGCUCGAGCAGAUGUACCCUGUUGUCGAGGAUGGCGGUUCCGAUUCUGCUGCUUUCGAUAACGUUCUCGAGCUUCUUACCAUCAACGGUGUUCUCUCUCUUCCCGAAGCUGUUAUGCUCAUGGUUCCUGAGGCCUGGCAAGGCAACCAGCACAUGGACCCCAAGAAGGCUGCAUUCUACGAGUGGGCUGCUUGCCAGAUGGAGCCUUGGGAUGGCCCUGCUCUGUUCACAUUCGCUGAUGGCCGAUACUGCGGUGCCAACCUUGACCGAAAUGGUCUCCGACCUUGCCGUUUCUACGUGAUGGACGAUGAUCGUAUCAUCUGUGCUUCCGAGGUCGGAACCAUUCCCGUCGAGCCCGAGACUGUCAUUCAGAAGGGUCGCCUUCAGCCCGGUCGUAUGUUGUUGGUCGAUACACAGGCUGGUCGCAUCAUCGAUGACAAGGAAUUGAAGGAGGCUGUUUCGAGUCGAUAUGAUUUCCGAGCCUGGCUCGAUAGUGAAUUGAUUACUCUGCCCAAGGUCGUUGAGAUCAUGGAGCAGGCCCUGGACCUUGCCCCCAAACUUGAUGACAAGGCUAUCCAGGCUGACCCUCUUCUCCUCUCUUACGGUUAUACUCACGAGCAGGUUUCCCUGUUGCUCGCCCCUAUGGCCGCUGAUGAGAAGGAAGCUCUGGGAUCCAUGGGUAACGAUGCUCCCCUUGCCUGCCUGACCCAGGCUCCUCGUCUCCUCUAUGACUACUUCCGACAGCUCUUCGCCCAGGUCACUAACCCUCCCAUUGAUCCUAUCCGAGAGUCCAUUGUCAUGUCUCUUGAGUGUUAUGUUGGUCCCCAGGGUAACCUGCUAGAGAUGGACGCUUCCCAGUGUGGUCGUCUUUUGCUCCCCAGCCCUAUCCUCUCCAUCGAAGAGUUCAAUGCCGUCAAGAACAUGUCCAACAAGUACUCUGAGUGGACUGUCAAGACUAUUGAUCUGACCUUCCCCAAGAACCAAGGUAUUCAGGGCUAUAUCAAGCACCUCGAUGAGAUCUGUAACGAGGCCUCUGCCGCCAUCGAGUCUCGCGACCGUGUCAUUGUGCUUUCCGACCGCAAUACCUCAGCUGACCGCGUGCCUGUUUCCGCUGUCCUCGCUUCCGCUAUGGUUCACCAUCACCUCGUCAGCAACAAGUGGCGAUCCAUGGUUGCUCUCGUUGUCGAGACUGCUGAGGCUCGUGAGGUUCACCACAUGUGUGUACUCCUCGGUUACGGUGCUGAUGCCAUCAACCCUUACCUUGCCAUGGAGUGCAUUCUCAAGUUGAACCGCGAGGGUCUCAUCAAGAAGAAGACUACCAACGAGACUCUUAUCCGUAACUACAAACACUCCUGCGAUGGUGGUAUUCUCAAGGUUAUGAGUAAGAUGGGUAUCUCUACUCUUGCCUCUUACAAGGGUGCACAGAUCUUCGAAAUCCUGGGUCUUGAUGAGACAGUUGUUGAGCGAUGCUUCAGGGGUACGGCUUCUCGUAUUCAGGGUAUGACUUUCGAGCUUAUUGCUGAGGAGGCUUUCCGAUUCCAUGAGCGUGGUUUCCCCACCCGCGAGACUAUCCUCCCCUCCGGUCUUCCUGAGUCUGGCGAGUACCACUGGCGAGAUGGUGGCGAGCCCCACGUCAACGACCCUACCUCGAUUGCCAACAUCCAGGACGCCGUCCGCACCAAGAACGACAAGUCCUAUGAGGCUUACUCCCGCUCCGAGUAUGAGCAGAUCAAGAACUGUACCCUCCGUGGUCUUCUUGACUUCAAGUUUGAGGACUGCACUCCUGUUCCCAUCGACCAGGUCGAGCCUUGGACUGACAUCGUCCGACGCUUCUGCACUGGCGCCAUGUCUUAUGGUUCCAUCUCCAUGGAGUCUCACUCUACUCUCGCCGUUGCCAUGAACCGUCUUGGCGGCAAGUCUAACACUGGUGAGGGUGGUGAGGAUCCUGAGCGAUCUCAGCGUAUGCCUAACGGUGACACCAUGCGUUCCGCUAUCAAGCAGGUCGCUUCUGGCCGUUUCGGUGUCACUUCUGCCUACCUGGCUGACUCUGACGAGCUUCAGAUCAAGAUGGCUCAGGGUGCCAAGCCUGGUGAGGGUGGUGAGCUUCCUGGACACAAGGUGUCCAAGUCUAUUGCUCGCACCCGUCACUCCACCCCUGGUGUCGGUCUUAUCUCGCCUCCUCCCCACCACGACAUUUACUCCAUCGAGGAUCUCAAGCAGCUGAUCUACGAUCUUAAGUGCUCUAGCCCUCGAUCCCGAGUCUCUGUCAAGCUUGUGUCUGAGGUCGGUGUCGGUAUCGUCGCCUCUGGUGUCGCCAAGGCCAAGGCCGACCACAUCCUGAUCUCUGGUCACGAUGGUGGUACUGGUGCCUCUCGAUGGACUGGUAUCAAGUACGCCGGUCUUCCUUGGGAGUUGGGUCUGGCUGAGACUCAUCAGACUCUGGUUCUCAACGACCUUCGUGGUCGUGUCGUUGUCCAGACUGAUGGUCAGCUCAAGACUGGUCGUGAUGUUGCCCUGGCUUGUCUGCUUGGUGCUGAGGAAUGGGGCUUUGCCACCGCUCCUCUCAUCGCUAUGGGCUGUGUCUUUAUGAGAAAGUGCCAUUUAAACACUUGCCCUGUUGGUAUCGCUACCCAGGAUCCUGAGCUUCGCAAGAAGUUCACUGGAACUCCCGAGCAUGUCAUCAACUUCUUCUACUAUGUGGCCAACGAGCUCCGAGCUAUCAUGGCUCAGCUUGGUUUCCGAACCAUCAACGAGAUGGUUGGCCACGUCGAGGUCCUGAAGAUGCGUGAUGACCUUCGAACCAACAAGACAGCCAACAUUGACCUGUCUCUUCUCUUGACACCUGCACACAAGCUCCGACCUGGUGUUGCCACCUUCAACGUCCGAAAGCAGGACCACAAGCUCCACGUCCGACUGGAUAACAAGCUUAUCUCCGAGUCUGAGUUGACUCUCGACAAGGGUCUCCCCUCCAGAAUCGAGUGUGACAUCGUCAACACUGACCGAGCAAUGGGUACUUCACUUUCUUACCACAUCUCCAAGCGAUACGGCGAGGCUGGACUGCCCAUGGACACUGUCCAUGUUAAUAUCAAGGGCUCCGCUGGUCAGUCCUUCGGUGCUUUCCUUGCUCCUGGUGUCACCCUUGAGCUCGAGGGUGAUGCCAACGAUUAUGUUGGCAAGGGCUUGUCUGGCGGUCGACUGAUCAUCUACCCUCCCCGCUCAGCUGUCUUCAAGUCGGAGGAGAACAUUCUCAUUGGUAACACUUGCUUGUACGGUGCUACUACUGGCACUUGCUUCUUCCGUGGUGUUGCUGCCGAGCGUUUCGCUGUCCGAAACUCCGGUGCUACCGCCGUUGUUGAAGGUGUCGGUGACCACGGUUGUGAGUACAUGACUGGUGGCCGCGUUGUUGUUCUUGGAUCUACUGGCCGCAACUUUGCUGCUGGUAUGUCUGGUGGUAUUGCCUACAUCUUGGAUGUUCACGGUGAUUUCCACUCCAAGCUCAACGGCGAGAUGGUUGAGGCCAGUGGUCUCGAGGAUCCUGCUGAGAUUGCUUUCGUUCGUGGUCUCAUUGAGGAUCAUCAUCACUACACUGGCUCCGAGCGCGCAGCUCGCAUCCUGGUUGACUUUAACCGAGCCCUUCCUCGAUUCAUCAAGAUUCUUCCCGUCGACUACAAGCGUGUCCUCGAGGAGGAGGCUGCCAAGGCUGCUGAAGCCAAGCGUGCUGAGUACAACCUUCCUGCUGUCUCUGGUGUCCAGCACAAGAAGUCCGAGAAGGUUGCCAAGCUCCAGGAUCUCGAGGAGGCUGUCGGUGACAACGCUGCCGAGAAGAAGCGUGCCCUUGUGCUCGACAAGACUCGAGGCUUCAAGAUGUACAAACGCCGUCAGGAGAAGUACCGCCCUGUCAACUCUCGUCUCAAGGACUGGGCUGAGCUGAGCUCUCGUCUGGACGAGGACGAGCUCAAAUACCAGUCCGCUCGUUGCAUGGACUGUGGUGUACCUUUCUGUCAGUCCGAGACUGGCUGCCCUAUCUCCAACAUUAUCCCUAAAUGGAAUGAACUGGUGUUUCAAAACCAAUGGAAGGAUGCUCUCAACCGUCUCCUGAUGACCAACAACUUCCCCGAGUUCACUGGCCGCGUUUGUCCGGCUCCUUGCGAGGGUGCUUGUGUCUUGGGUAUUAACGAGGACCCUGUUGGUAUUAAGUCUAUCGAGUGCGCCAUCAUUGAUCGCGGUUUCGAGAUGGGAUGGAUGGUUCCUCAACCUCCCAAGGUCCGAACUGGCAAGACCGUCGCGAUCAUUGGAUCCGGUCCUGCUGGUCUGGCCGCGGCUGAUCAGCUCAACCGUGCCGGCCACCUCGUUACUGUUUACGAGAGAGCUGAUCGUCUCGGAGGUCUCCUCAUGUACGGUAUUCCCAACAUGAAGCUUGAUAAGCGUAUUGUCAAGCGCCGUACCGACUUCAUGGCCUCUGAGGGUAUCAUCUUCAAGACUGGCGUUGCUGUUGGUGAGGAGGGUCACCCUUCUCUAAACGACCUUCGAGCCAGCAACAGCGCCGUCGUCAUUGCAACCGGUGCUACCGUUGCCCGCGACCUUCCUAUCAAGGGCCGCCAGCUCGAUGGUAUUCACUACGCUAUGGAAUUCCUCCACAAGAACACCAAGUCUCUCCUUGACUCUGAGCUUGCGGACAACACCUACAUCUCCGCCAAGGGCAAGGAUGUUGUUGUCAUCGGUGGUGGCGACACUGGCAACGAUUGUAUUGGUACUUCUCUCCGUCAUGGUGCCAAGUCCGUCACCAACUUCGAGCUUCUGCCCCAGCCUCCUCCCGAGCGUGCCAACGACAACCCUUGGCCUCAGUGGCCUCGUAUCUACCGUGUUGACUACGGCCACACUGAGGUUCGCCAGCACACUGGCAAGGAUCCUCGUGAGUACUGCAUCAUGUCUGAGGAGUUCAUGGAUGAUGGCUCUGGCAAGGUCAAGGGCAUCAACACCAUCCGCGUGGAGUGGACCAAGUCUCCUAGCGGUGGUUGGGACAUGAAGAAGGUUGAGGGCUCUCAGCAAUUCUUCCCUGCCGACCUCGUCCUACUUGCCAUGGGUUUCCUUGGACCUGAGGCUCGUGUUCUUGGUGACGAGAUCGAGAAGGAUGCUCGCAAGAACGUCAAGACAGCCCCUGGCAAGUACAGCACCAACCUUGAGGGCGUCUUCGCUGCUGGUGACGCCCGCCGCGGUCAAUCUCUUAUUGUCUGGGGUAUCAACGAAGGUCGCCAGGCUGCUCGUGAGAUUGAUCUCUAUCUCGAGAAGUAUACCAACCUGCCUGUCACUGGUGGUAUCACCAAGCGCACUGCGCAGGAGAUUUUCAGCCAGAUCAAGGUCGAGGCUUGA